ACCGAAGACAAACGARAGGGGCACGAAUCGCUCCGCCACCGCGACGCAGACGAAAAGGGAUCGUCCUACUAUUCCUUUUCCCUGAAAACGGACAGCGACGACGACAACGACGACGAAAGCAUCCAUCACAACAACAGCGACGACAGCGACGGCGACAACGCCAAGCAGGGCAAUGCGGCGGAGACGGAAACCGAGGAUAGCAGCGCCGGUGAAAACGAGAAGAACGACGAGAAGAACGGAAGCAGCAACAACAGCGGCGCAGACGACGACGACGACGACAACGAUCGGUCGUUGCAGGCCCGGGGCAGCAACGAGGGUUGGAACUCCGCACCGGCCGGAGAGAACGCCACCGGUACCCUUCCAUCGGAAUCCCCCGCCGAAGGCAGCGCUGCCACCGGAGGCGCCUGCCCGGCCACCGUUCGGAGGGAAGAAGCCGAUCCCCCCGGCCGCAGCGACGGUGGCAGCGACAGCGACGGGGGGGCCGGGCUGUCCGCGGACGCCGCCCGGGGGUACGGGGUCUUCGGGGCGGGCGACUCGUCCGACGACGAAGACGACAUUCCCUUUUGACGUGGCGUGGCGUGGCGUGGCGUGACGUGACGGGGCAAGGUGCGUGGGCACGCACGCAUUCA